AUGCCGUGUCCUCACACCCACGAUCCCGGGCUGAGCUGGCUGUUCCCCAUGUGGAGCUGCCGCCUCCGGAGAGCGAUGUCGCAGGAGCGCGGCGUGCAGGAGCGGCCGGAGAGUCGUGAAGAAGAUGACAGAAAAGUAAGGAGGAGAGAAAAGAAUCGAGUUGCUGCGCAGAGGAGCCGGAAGAAGCAAACGCAGAAAGCAGAUAAACUUCACGAGGAAUAUGAGUCUCUUGAGCAAGAAAAUACCUCCCUGAAAAGAGAAAUCGGAAAGCUAACAGAUGAAAUGAAACACUUGAGUGAAGUGUUGAAGGAUCAUGAAAAGAUCUGUCCACUAUUGCACUGCACCAUGAACUUUGUGACCAUACCAAGGCCUGAUGCACUUGCCAGCUGCCUACCAAGAUGAGUGCUCUCCUCAAUCACCUCUCAAUGUGAUUUGUGAAAGUGCCAUUAACAAGAGGUUUCAAGAACUGCCUAGUGUGCAGUUCUCCCAUUGAAGAGGGCUGGACUCGACCACACAGCUCUACUCCACGAUGAAAUGUUACAAUCUUCUGAAUCUCAGCAAAACACCAGUAUGGAAAAAAAGACAAUUUGAACAGCAGCUUCUAACUUGGUAGACUCUUCAAGCCAUGGUUUUGCCUUUGGAAAUAUCAAAGUGCUGUGCAGCUCACUAUGGAGCGAUGGAGUGUAGACAGGGAAAGGUACCAACCUCAGCCUGGGAUGCCUUCCUCCCACACAUCCACUGCCAGUAACCCCUUGUCACUUGUCACCCAUGCCUGUCAUGAUCUGGCUGCUGGGUUUUUUCUCUCUAAACAGGUUUGGUUAAUAAAAGUGAUGUCUCAUCUCUAUAA